AUCACAUGACCCCCUCUCCUCCAGACUGCAUGCAGUUUGGUAUUAAAAUGUUUUCAGUACAACCAACCAUUGUGUUGUUACACAUUUGAGAUGAUAGAUACACGCUGAGCCGUUUUAACAACAUCACAACGGUAAGCGGGACUGACGGCGGACAUCGUUGCAGCUGUUAUUUUUUGAGGUUGUGUCCUAAAAGUGCAGAGCUCCAGUAGGCAGCAGGACAAGCUAGCUAACGGCAGUCAGGUCGGACGGCGGCGAGGCCCCAACCGGACGGGAACACGGGGGAACCAUGGCCAACAUCGCAGUUCAGAGGAUAAAACGGGAAUUCAAGGAGGUGCUCAAAAGCGAAGAGACGAGCAAAAACCAGAUAAAGGUGGAUCUGGUGGAUGAGAACUUCACAGAACUUAAAGGAGAGAUAGCAGGGCCACCUGACACACCAUAUGAAGGGGGUAGAUAUCAACUAGAAAUUAAAAUUCCAGAGACGUAUCCAUUCAAUCCACCCAAGGUGCGGUUUAUCACAAAGAUCUGGCAUCCCAACAUCAGCUCAGUCACAGGUGCAAUAUGUCUGGACAUUCUCAAAGAUCAGUGGGCAGCAGCUAUGACACUGAGGACGGUCCUCUUGUCACUACAAGCCUUACUGGCAGCUGCAGAACCAGAUGAUCCACAGGACGCAGUGGUAGCCAAUCAGUACAAGCAGAACCCAGAGAUGUUCAAACAGACAGCGAGGCUCUGGUCUCAUGUCUAUGCAGGCGCUCCCGUCUCCAGUCCGGAGUACACACGCAAAAUAGACAAACUCUGUGCCAUGGGCUUUGAAAAAAAUGCAGUAAUAGUGGCGUUGUCGUCGAAAUCCUGGGAUGUGGAGACGGCGACAGAGUUACUGCUCAGUAACUGAAUCUUGACACUCUCUUCAUCUUCCUCUUGAUACCCAUCCCCUCCUCACACACACACACACACACACACACACACACACACACACACACACACACACACACACACACACACACACACACACACACAGUAUUUCCUCCAAUUUCCUCCAAUUUCCUGCUGUCUAAAGGUGUCUUGCACCCUCUGUCUCACUGUGGACUCCUCACCUCCACGCUUCCCCUCUUCCCCAUCCCUCCUCCACCCUUUAUCCCCUGUGUGGAAUCUCCCCUAUCCGUUCAUCACCUCUGCUGUACCGCACUCCAAUCAGUCGCUCUGUGAGCUCUUAUCUCUGGUUUCUUUAAGAUCAUUCUACAUUCCACUCCGUGCUACAAUCAGAACUUCAACCACAUCUUCAUCCCCUUUGAAGCGAAUGCCAGACUUAAGACCCCGCUCAUGCCCGCCACUCUCCCAGCUUUUCUGGCUGUGUCCAAGAAGCGGCUGUCAGCGGCUUAUCCUUGCCUAUGCAGUGCAUUUACUUUCAUUUGUGAAAACAUUUGUAGGAGCAAGUCAAGCCAUUCAAGGAGGCUCUUUUGGAUCUGGUCUAGAUUUUUACGCACUUAUUGGCCGAUUUUCUAAACAGGGAUUGAGCCAACUCCUAGACGAACCACUUUUAAAUUGGUAUUCCUUUUGUAGUAUUUUUGUCUAACAUCCCUGCCUUCUCUCAUCUCAUUCCUUACACAAUAUACACUUUGGGGCAACUUUAUGGUGGGUAAGGGUACUCUAUAUUGAGUAAUACUCUGAAAUUUUGGGACAUUUCUGAAUCAUUAGGUUGUGCCAUCACUGGGAGUUUGUAAGGGCACUACAAAAUGUCACUUAAAAUGUGGACAUUCAAAUAAAACUGGAAAAGUAAAUGGAAGUACAACAGGUAGAAAACGUGAAAUUAAGCAGACGCAGCAUUGGACGAGGCUUAUUCUGGAAACCAGCUCAAAGUGUCACCGAGGUGUUCACACAGUAGCCAUACUCAUUUUCAUGCCACUUUACCACUUUUUACCACUUUAACUGAUGAACCCAAAGCUCCUGCAGCAAACCCCUGCCCCCAUCCCCACACCUGUUUUUUGACAUGGCUUACUUCACCUGUCCCUUUCCCCACAUUUUUUAAAAACUUUUAUUUGGUUUUGGCCUCCUGCAGGAAUACGUUUGGAUUCUUGUUUUUAAACUGAAAGAAAACUAAAUAAACAAAACGGAUUAAAAAAAAAAUGGUUCAGCAGUAACACAACCUGUCACAAGUCUGGAUGAAAAUAGUUUAAAAUGAGUUUGAAAAAUAUUGCAUCAUCUUAACUGCGCCAACAGAUAAAUAUGUCAAAAUGAUUCAUCUGUAAAUAAAGAUAUUAAAGUCUGUGUAAAUUAA